CACCCGGAGACACUAGUCUCUCUUCCGCCCACACCCGGAGACAUUAGUCUCUCUUCCGCCCACACACGGAGACACGAGUCUCUCUUCCGCCAUGCUCUCCCGGUUGCUCAAGGAGCAUCAGGCCAAGCAGAAUGAGAGGAAGGAGCUGCAAGAGAAGAGAAGAAAGGAGGCGAUCGCUGCAGCUACAACCCUGACCGAGGUUUUAGUAGAUCAUCUUAAUGUGGGUGUGGCCCAGGCUUACGUAAAUCAAAGAAAGUUGGACCAUGAAGUGAAGACGCUGCAGACACAGGCCGCACAGUUUGCAAAGCAGACGACACAGUGGAUCGGUCUGGUGGAGAACUUUAACCAGGCAUUAAAAGAGAUUGGUGAUGUGGAGAAUUGGGCCAGGAGUAUUGAGAAGGACAUGCGUAUUAUUGCCACUGCUUUAGAAUAUGUGCAUAAAGGCCAACUACAGCCCUCUGCCUCCUGAGCUGCAGCACCCAUGGGAGAUUCCUGAAGCCUAAUAACUUCCAUACCACCAUGUCUGCAAAAGUAUUUGGGAAUACUUUAAAAAAGGAACCAGAAGUUAAUGUGAAGUAUAGUGACUUGCUUUUUGACAUGCAGAACUAAUUAUUGUGCAAUCUACCAAAGUCACAUAAUGGUUUAAUUUUACAGUACUAUGCUGUAACCUUAGGCUGGUACAGAAGACUCACAUUGAAGUAUUUUGCUACAUCUUCUGAGCCAGGGAAAAAUAAUACAGCUAACAGCUUAUAGAAAAUGUUCAGGUUUCAGAAAUGUGCGUUAAAGGAAAAUUUUAAGCAAGUUCACCGACACUAAACCCAAUACAUUGGGUUAUAGUGU